ACCGCCACGUGUCGAUCGAGUGACCGUUCUCGGAAGAAGCUUCGCCCGUCGGCUACAUAAGACUGCCGGAGUUUCCCACAGAGAAGUUCCAAUAUCGAUCACCAGUUUCCUCUGAUCAAAUCGACGCUCUUCUCCUAAAGCUUGGGACAACGUGAUAUUCAUGAGUUCCAAACGUACAGUGGCCUCUGCUGUUUCCUGUGCAUCGGGAAGAAAGAACAGCUCUGGAGUUUUGGUUGGCCUUCUCCCAGGCUUCCUGGGAGCUCCUAUUGUUUGUGUAAAUUUCCUCUUGUUCAAAGCCACUGUUAGGAACCCAUCUUCAUCCUUUGUCUUAGGCAUUUGUAGUGGGGGCUUUCCUUAGAAGGCUUAAUAACUGUCAUUAGGUUCUUGUUCCGGUUGUCAUCUGCAAAGCAUUUCUGCUGAUGGUUUCCUGUAGCAUAUCAUUUCCAAACAAGACCAGUAGACAAGUACUUCUCCCCAUGGAUCCUCCUGAUGCUCUUCCUGCUGAUCAGGAGGAAUUUGAUUUUUCGGAUGUUUUUGGACCUUCCUUGUCCCAUGCCUCAAUUGAUGUUGAUGUGUCAACAUCAGAAAACUCUGUUCCACAAUCAGCUGCAGAUGGAAAAUUUUGUGUUGCCCCACUUGUCAUUCAUAACCGGUCACACUCUCUGGUUGGCCCUUCUCCUCGUAUUACCCAGUUUUCACAGUUCACCAAGCUCACCCUACAUGAGACUGAGAGCUCUCUGGAGAUUGUGGAAUGCUCCUUAGAUGAGAAUGCAGCUCAUCAAGAGAAGUCAAUCAAUGAUCCUGAAAAGAAUGAUAAUGCCACUGAGGAGGUUUCAAGCAUGAGACUUGAGGAUUUUGAAGUUUUAAAAGUUGUUGGGCAGGGAGCUUUUGGGAAAGUUUUUCAGGUGAAGAGAAAAGGCACUUCAGAAAUAUUUGCAAUGAAGGUUAUGAGAAAGGAUAAGAUAAUGGAAAAGAACCAUGCUGAUUACAUGAAAGCUGAGAGAGACAUAUUGACCAAAGUUGACCAUCCAUUUGUGGUUCAGCUUAGAUACUCCUUUCAGACAAAAUAUCGGCUCUACCUGGUCUUGGAUUUUGUAAACGGGGGACACUUGUUCUUUCAGCUCUAUCACCAUGGUUUAUUCAGAGAGGAUCUAGCACGUAUAUAUGCAGCUGAAAUAGUCUCUGCUGUCUCCCACCUUCAUGCAAAUGGAAUAAUGCACAGAGAUCUUAAACCCGAGAACAUCCUUCUGGAUGCUGAUGGUCAUGUAAUGCUGACUGAUUUUGGGCUGGCAAAGGAAUUUGAUGAGAAUACUAGAUCAAACUCCAUGUGUGGAACUGUGGAAUACAUGGCACCAGAAAUCAUUCUUGGGAAAGGUCAUGAUAAGGCUGCAGACUGGUGGAGCGUUGGAAUCCUCCUAUUUGAAAUGCUCACUGGGAAGCCACCAUUUGUUGGAGGGAACCGGAAUAAAAUUCAGCAGAAGAUAGUGAAGGAUAAGAUAAAGCUGCCAUCUUAUUUAUCCAGUGAAGCCCACUCUAUAUUAAAAGGGCUGCUGCAAAAGGAAGCAAACAAGCGGCUUGGCGGUGGAGCUGAUGGCAGCAAUGAGAUAAAGAAACACGUGUGGUUCAAAUCAAUCAACUGGAAGAAACUUGAUGCGAGAGAAAUACAACCUAGCUUCAGGCCUAAUGUUUCAGACAAAUCGAGCAUUGCCAACUUCGACGAAAAGUGGACCAGCAUGUCGGUGCUUGAUUCUCCCAUUGCCAGUCCAGUAGCAGGUGAUUAUAACUUUACUGGUUUCACAUACGUCAGGCCUCCUGUUUUUCUUCAGAAACCAAGCCCUCUGCAGCACAGGGCUUCUUCUCCAUUUAAAUGAUCCAUGCAGUAUUAAACCCAACAGGUUUAUAAGGUACUGUUAACCGUUAAUUUUUGUGUUAUGUGCUCUUAUUUUGGUUAAUGUCUUUUUGAACUAUAUGUUUUUGUCAUGAUAGUAAAUGAUUUGAGGUUAUUCUUCCUUAUGAUUUUUUAUGGGAAGUUUGUCAAAUA